AUGGCUUCUGGCCCACGCAGUGGACUGAGACCUAGAAAUCUAGAAUCCCUCAAACCAAUGAUUUGGACGCCGUCGACAUCGCCGAACAAGAUAACCCAAUCGCUACUACCCCACCUCCAUCAAGCACAGAGCAAAACAAUACAGCAGCCACCACCCCCCCGCCAACAGCCACGAAUUGGGACGACAUUGACCCCGUCACCGGGCUGA